UUUUAGUUUAUUUAUUAGUCCUUUUUCCGCUGGAAAACCCUAAACUGAAAAACCCCUCUUGCUAUUUUCCUCUCCCUUGCAAGAAAACACCCAUAACCAUUUUCAAAGAGUUAUUGAAAGAAUCCAUGGCAGGAGGAUCAGAAGUGGUUGAAGCUGCUUUAUCUUGUGCUAAAUGUAGCAAGCCUGCUCAUCUUCAGUGUCCUAAGUGCGUGGAGUUAAAGCUUCCUCGUGAAGGAGCUGCUUUCUGCACGCAGGAUUGUUUCAAGGCAUCUUGGAGUUCUCACAAGUCUGUCCACUUGAAGGCAAAAUUAUCAUCUCUGGCAACUGAAACUCCAGGUGAACAAAAUGCAGCCUCACCUAGUGAUGGUUGGCUAUAUUGCUUGAGGAAAGGACAGGCUCGAACACCAAAAAUUCCGCAUUUUGACUGGACUGGGACGCUGAGGCCCUAUCCAAUAUCAGAAAAGCGUGUUGUACCUGCUCACAUUGAUCUACCUGAUUGGGCAUAUGAUGGUAUCCCAAAAAUUGAACCCAGUAGUGAUUUGCAGCAUGUUGUUGAGAUCAAAACUCCAGAGCUGAUUGAGAGAAUGAGAGAAACUUGCCGAAUAGGAAGGGAGGUUUUGGAUGCAGCUGCUCGUAUUAUUAGACCUGGCGUGACUACUGAUGAAAUUGAUGCAGUGGUCCAUGAGGUUACUGUUGCUGCUGGUGGAUAUCCGUCUCCCCUAAAUUAUCAUUUUUUCCCCAAGUCAUGCUGCACGUCGGUCAAUGAAGUGAUCUGCCAUGGGAUUCCAGAUGCAAGGAAAUUGGAGGAUGGUGAUAUUGUAAAUGUUGAUGUUACUGUAUAUUACAAAGGGGUUCAUGGCGAUCUGAAUGAAACCUUCUUUGUGGGUAAUGUUGAUGAAGCAUCUCAACGGUUAGUCCAGUGCACAUAUGAGUGUUUGGAGAAAGCAAUAGCAAUUGUUAAGCCUGGGGUACGGUUUCGGGAAAUUGGAGAGGUCAUCAACCGACACGCUUCUAUGUCUGGAUUAUCUGUGGUGAAGUCAUAUUGUGGUCAUGGCAUUGGAGAGCUUUUCCACUGUGCACCAAAUAUUCCGCAUUAUUCAAGAAAUAAAGCAGUUGGUGUGAUGAAAGCCGGCCAAACUUUUACAAUUGAACCAAUGAUUAAUGCUGGAGUUUGGCGUGAUCGGAUGUGGCCUGAUGGAUGGACUGCUGUGACAGCAGAUGGAAAACGAAGUGCUCAGUUUGAACACACUCUCCUGGUCACAGAGACUGGAGUUGAAGUACUGACAGGACGCCUCCCGACAUCUCCCAAGGUGUUCCCUUGGUUGAGUUCUUGAUUUGUCCUUUGCAUUCUUUUGCCAGUCAUAAAAAAAAGUUUCAAGUUGGUCUGUUUGUGUAACACAUGUAUUUUUUAAUUGAUGAAUUUUUGAAAUUUUGGUCUCAAACUAUAU